AUGGACGUUCGCUCCCAGGCUCGAAUGCCUCUACGACCAGUGCUCGAAGAGGCAUCCAUGCGAACAAACUACUCCAAAAGUCAGAGCUCUGCUACUCCUUCCAGCUAUCAACACGCAGAUAUGAAGACAGAGAAUGUCCGGCCCCCUCAACCUCAGAAAACACGCCCGGAUAUUCCCGUGGACAGUUCUCAUGUGCCCUUAAACCCGCGGCUAUAUGAGAUCCGUGAAGAGGCACAAAGUACCCCUGAAAGCAAGCGAGAAUCUCAAGCAUCAGCCGCCUCUUACAAGUCCUCCAGCUCGAAUACUACUUUCCGCAAACCCAAGACGCACGUUGGUCCAUGGCAGUUGGGAAAAACUCUUGGCAAAGGCUCAUCUGCACGCGUCAGAUUGGCACGCCACACUUCAACUCAUCAGUAUGUAGCCGUCAAAAUCGUCGCCAAGACCACUUGCAAAAUGACCCAAGCGGGCAGCUUGGCAAAGCUCGACGAGAUUGACAGUGCUGCACCGGAAAAAGUGGAAGGCAUGCGGCGGAUGCCUAUAGCCCUUGAGCGCGAAGUGGCUAUUCUGAAGUUGAUCGAACACCCCAACAUCGUAAAACUUUACGACAUCUGGGAAAACAGCAAUGAGAUAUACCUGAUUUUGGAAUACGUUGAAAGAGGUGACCUCUUCGACUUCAUUAGCAAACAUGGGCCAAUGCCUGAGGAGGAAGCUAUGUUUGUCUUCCGCCAGAUCAUGAGUGCUUUGGAAUACUGCCACUCAUAUGGAAUUUGCCACCGCGACUUGAAGCCAGAGAACAUCUUGCUCAAAAGUAAUGGCCAAAUCAAGAUUGCAGACUUUGGCAUGGCAGCGCUUCACCAGGGUCCUCGCACGCCCCUCUGGACAUUUUGCGGAAGCCCUCACUACGCUGCUCCAGAGCUGCUUCGUGAGAAGGCUUACCGUGGUGAGAAGUCGGACAUUUGGAGCAUGGGUGUUAUCCUGUUCGCGAUGCUGGCUGCCCGCUUGCCUUUUGACGACGAAGACAUGAACCUCAUGUUUGCCAAGGCGAGAAAGGCAAUCUACCAUAUGCCAUCAUAUUUCAGCGACGAGGCGAAGGAUCUUGUCCAUCGUCUGCUUCAGGUUGACCCUAGAAAAAGGAUCUCCAUGAGGCAAAUGUGGCAACAUCCCGUAGUGUGGAAGUACGGGUAUCUCGAUGAGCUCGGCGGUGAAGGAAUACCCGAAGUUCCGAACCCAAAGGCUCGACAGGAGAUCAAGCCCUUAGAUCUGUGCGACAUUGACCCUCAGAUAUUGCGACCUUUACAAUCGAUGUGGCACACACUGUCUGAAGAUGAGUUGGUCAAGAAGCUGAUCAGUGACGAUCCGAACGAUCAAAAGCUCUUCUACUGGCUGUUGAAUAGCUAUCGUGAAAGACAGCUAGAGAACUACGAUCCUAGCUUGACACAUUCCCCCAGUGAUUAUCAUCACAUCCGUCCCCCAAUGUGGUCGACCAAGGUCUCAACACGCCAGUUCAUGACGAACAAGGCCAAAGGUCACGGACGCAGCAUCUCCAAAUUCACAGUCAUUUCGAACGUGACGGACACAGAAACAGGAGCGAACCUCGGUACAGUCCGAAGUUAUGAUCCGUACAAAUCUCCAGUAGAGAAACCACCGCAUGCGACACACGCCAGGAUUGUCAUACACCGCGAUUCCACAGACCCAGAUCGAAAGACAGCCUCGUUGGGCUCUACUUCCUGCCGUAGACCUAGAGCUAAUUCCACCGGAAGUUGGAAGCGUUCGCGAAGAAGUCAGCUGGGAAACCGGAUCCUCACACCACGGAGUACUGCUAGCUCGAUUCAAAGCAGCAGGAAAUUUCAUGCUCGCUCGCGAACCGGCUCCCGUCACAAGAGGGCUAUGGACUUUUCCACUGUUCGCAGGAAGGCGGCGGCAGCAAAGCCCAGCAAUCAACAAACAUUGAUUGGUGCUCAUAGCAACCAGACGGUGCCUGAACGGAACAAACAAUGUUCCUCAGAUCCUGGCCUUCUGGCAGAUAUUACUGACAGCAGCAAUGCCAGGUUAAGGUCCAAAGAUCGUCUGCACGAGGAGCUGCGAAACUUUAGCAGCAGCAUUGCCAAGGACUGUGACGAGGCGUUCAACAGCUCUCUUCUUUCUGUGUCCCAGUUUGACGGCGAUCGGUCAAGACAAGGCUCACCUUUCUCCUUGAGCCUGGGAGCACCGGGGGCUGGAACUCCAGUCACACCUGUCGCCACACCAACAAUUCCUCGUCCGUCAGUGAGACCAUGGGACUCGCGACCAUUGCCGCCAACUCCUCCGUCUUCGAGCCAUGAGAAGGAAUUGGCUGUCAACUCUGCUGAAAACCCAGGCAUUCCUGCCAGACGAGGCCGGCCUCCCACUCAGGGCUAUGGCCUUAGAUCAGGGCCGGUAGCAAUGACUCCGACACCAUCUGAUCGUCGAGUAGUUUCCGCGCCUGUUCAUGGUGGUCAAUACGGAAGCUGCGCUACCGUGAAGUUGCCCUCGAUCAAAGAGGCCACUCAAAAUAUAUUCCAGAACGAGGUCAACAGAUCAAGGAUUGUGUCAUUGCCGGUAAAUCCAUCCGCUCCGGUCCCUACACCAACUGAAGCUAGGGGAUUAGAGUUUCUUUCGAAGGCAGAGCAGACAAUUCGGAUUGUUCAUUCACCAUCUGCCAAGCGCGAGUCUGGGAUUGUGCGUCGCCCCAAUCCCAUUCAUGUCAGCACCAAGCCCUCAAACGUAUUGGGAACGUCGACCGGACCUGUUGCACACAAUUCUGCCGACCUUUACCAUGCAGAUGGCUCUAGCAUUGGCCAUAAGAAUACCCAACUUGCGCAAACCUCAUCCCAAGGCAGUGUUUCAACAUUUGCUAUGCGGAAGAAGACGUCCUCUUGGUUUAAACGGCUCUCUAGAGAGUCUAGGAGCUCCAAGGGCUCGCUAUGUGAUGGCUUGGAUGAUGAAACGAGCACCGAAGUACCCCAUGGCCUUACGUCGGUGCCUGUCAAGAAUGAGCGGGACAACACAAGCAACAAUACAACUCAUCGCCCACCAGAUAAGACUUCGAACAAGAAGAAAAGCUUUUUCUUGCCAUUUUGGCGGAACAACAAGACGGAGCCAAGAAUGUCACUGGCAGAGCCCGAAUUCGAGGAAAGCCCGAGCCCAGAAACCGAACCGAUGACGAAAUCGCACAAGAGCAGUGGAAAUAAUCGGCUUCAAUUCGAUGCUGCCGAGUCUGCCGAGCGUAUGAUUAAGCCACAGCAGAACUGGCUCGCACGUCUGUUCAGAGUCAAACCGGCGACAAGGGCUAUCUGCCUUUCGAUCUCUCGGCGUCGUGCUCGUCAGGAGGUAGCAAUUCUUUUGCGUGAUUGGCGCAAGUACGGUAUUCGUGAUGUUGAGGUUGACAAGAAGCGCAAUGUUGUUUUUGCACGUCUCAGCAGCAAGAAUCACCUCAACAUCAGGGAGGUUUCAUUCGCGUGCGAGAUUAUAACAGUAAUCGAGCACGGCAAACGUAACCACCUCAGCAUUGUCCGGUUUACACAAGAGAAGGGCGCUGCUAGCAGCUUCCAAAGGGUUGUCGACACAAUGCGGGACGUGUUGGGCAAUCGCAAUCUUCUUGUUACUGACAAGAGCAAGGCAAAGAUGAUGAUCAAGACUCUGAAUUCGUGA